AUCUUAGAAAAAAAUGUCAUUUUUAUACGCAAAUCUUUACUGUACAUUUUCGUGUGUUGUAAAUUUCCCGACAAAAAUUUGCGAAAGGAAAUCGGACGCGUAAUCCCUUUGUCGCGUUGUUUUUAAAGAAGCAAAAUAGCGUACGGGUAAAGUGUUGUGUGGUCGCAGUUAGUUGCGCUAGCGACAAAGCUAGCAGCUGCGGAUUUGUGCGGCGCGUAUGCGUGGUUUUAGGAAGUAAGCGGGCGAGGAAAAUUAAGUGCAAUCUUCGCGAGCCUCAUUCCAAAGCCUCAAGCAAGGCUGCGGAGGCAGGCUUGAGGAAAGUGAAAAAUAAUUACAGUGAUACCUAUUUUACCUUCCUCCUGCUAUCCAAGUAUCAAUAGUUCGUGAUUGUGUGCGCGCGCGAGUGCUAUGUGUUUGUGUGUGGUGUAUAGGUUAAGCUGAACAUAAUUUAUCUAAUUGAAGGUUCGACAGGAUAAAAAAGAAAAUAUCUCGAGGUUGAAAGAAUACUUAACAGCGAAUCACAGGAUAGCUACUUCCUACGAGUUUUCCCGGAAGUAGAUGCAGGAAACAUCAUCUACCAGUACACCAGAAGCUACAGCCGGAGAAGAAGAAGCGGACAGGGCGACAGGAUGUCACGCAAUAAAGACAAGUACGAAAGCAACAACCCCCGGAGACAGCAAACGUUUCUGACCGCCGAGGAUAUUGCUGCCGGGAAGAAGACGUGCUGGCAUGGCAUUGAGAUAACGGGCAGUGUGCGGAAUCUUAGUCCGACGCUCUGGAAGUUUGAGCAUCUAACGGCACUCUUCCUAAACGAUAACUGUCUGACGCGCUUGCCGCAUCAGAUCGGCCAACUGGCCAAUCUGCGGACGCUCGACCUGUCCGCGAACAAGCUGCGUAGCCUGCCAGCCGAGCUCGGUGAGCUAAUCCAGCUGCGGGAGCUACUGUUGAACAACAACUAUCUACGAGUACUCCCGUACGAGCUCGGGAAGCUGUUCAACUUGCAUGUUCUCGGAUUGCACGGAAAUCCGCUCGGCAAGGAUGUGCUGUCGAUCUACAACGAACCGAACGGGACGUCCAAAUUGCUGACGUACAUGCUGGAUAAUCUGUCAGUUACGGUAGCUCCUCCACCUCAACGUCCCUGGAUCCCGCUAGCCAGACCGAAUCGCAACCGGGGUGCAUGUAUAUUCACCGUCAUGUGCUACAACGUGUUAUGCGAUAAGUAUGCGACGCGACAAAUGUAUGGCUACUGUCCCAGCUGGGCAUUGAGUUGGGAGUAUAGGAAAAAGGCUAUUCUUGACGAAAUACGACAUUAUGCGGCGGAUAUUAUCAGUCUGCAGGAGGUGGAAACUGAUCAGUUCUUUAACUUCUUCAAGCCGGAGCUGAAGAACGAUGGUUAUGAGGGCAUUUUUUCACCUAAAUCGCGCGCUAAAACCAUGUCGGAGGCGGACCGAAAGUACGUCGACGGUUGCGCGAUCUUCUUCCGCUCUGCAAAGUUUACCCUGAUCAAAGAGCAUUUAGUCGAAUUCAACCAGUUAGCUAUGGCUAACGCGGAAGGAUCGGAUAACAUGCUCAACCGCGUGAUGCCCAAGGACAACAUCGGACUAGCUGCGCUGCUUAAGGUGAAGGAAGGUGCAUGGGAGAGUGUGUCGUCAGAGGCGGCCCAAAUAUCGCAACCGAUUCUGGUGUGCACCGCGCACAUCCACUGGGAUCCGGAGUUCUGCGACGUGAAGCUCAUCCAGACGAUGAUGCUGAGCAACGAGCUCAAGACAAUACUGGACGAAGCUGGGCUGAGCUUCCGGCCGGGACACAAGUUCGAUGUAAAUAACGUGCAGCUGGUGCUGUGCGGUGACUUUAACUCGCUGCCAGACUCGGGUGUGAUUGAAUUUCUAAGUGCCGGACGUGUAUCAAUGGACCAUCAAGAUUUCAAGGAGCUGGGCUACAAAUCCUGCCUGCAGCGUAUAUCAAAUUGUGAUACACCAAAUGAAUUUACUCAUUCCUUUAAGCUAGCGUCAGCGUACAGUGAAGAUAUAAUGCCAUAUACAAAUUAUACAUUCGAAUUUAAAGGUAUUAUCGAUUACAUAUUCUACUCGAAGCAGGGCAUGGUGCCGCUCGGGCUGCUCGGUCCAAUCUCGCCCGAAUGGUUGCGGGAUAACAAGGUGGUCGGUUGCCCCCAUCCGCACAUACCGUCCGAUCACUUCCCGCUGCUAGUCGAGCUCGAGCUAAUCCAUAUGCCAACGGCGGGCGCCCAGCCGAACGGGCUGAUCGGUCGAAGGUAGCAAUAAAGCUCGGUAGAGCAAUGUAUUAGCGCCUUGGCAGACAGAAUGUGACAUCGUGCAAAACUGACUGCAUAGUACGACCUCCGCCGCGAACACAUACCAGCACCACCAAUCACAAAAACUCAACCCCCAGCAGGAAACAUCAUGGUACCCUCCCCACCCCCCUCUUGCACGCAACCAACAGCAAAGUGAGGAGGUAACGACACUAUGAAACAAACCGUAGUGUAUAAAGCAAAGCCGGAGAAAGCACUUGUCACAAUGGCAGACACUCUAAGAUCAAGACAAUUUCCUCAUCGAAUCACCAUUGUGUAGACACAUUCGUGAGCUGCAGACAUUAUUCAUCAUCACCUCUUUGCAAUAACAGCGAAAAGUGCUGUGUCACGAUUGGCGGACACAUGCAGCGCGUGUGCGCACACGCAUUACACCAGACAGCCGCCGAUCGCCAAAAGGCAUUAAUUAAUUGUACAUUAAGCAGAAACACUCGUACACAUUGCACUCGCGCGCAUCUAUAUUGAUACUGAUAUGCAGUUAUUGAUACUGAUUUGCGAAAACAGUGACUGUGUGCUCGACAAAAAAUGACAAAACGGCAGAAACGGCGCACAGUUUGGGAGAUAAAGGAAUGGAGAUGAAGGAAACAAAAAGCUGCAAAAUGGUAGUUUAACGUUAUGCAAUACAGCGCAGCCACUACGGCAAGGAACUACAUAAACAGAUGAAAAUGCAAGAAAAUGGACGCAAACUAGUAAAUAGCGGGUAAUGUAAUAGCAGUGGAAAAUAACAAAGGGACAAUAGUAAAGGCAAACAUAUAACAACAGCAUGAUAUAUAAAGGCGAUUUUAAACAACCGAAGAAGCAAGUAAGCUACGGAACAAUUGUGCAAAACUCUGUCAUACACACACGGCAACAAAGCAAGAUCGCAUCGUGAACAAGUGAAGUGUGUCACUCAAAACAUUCGGGGAAAACGAUCUACAUAGCAUAGCUACCAUCAAUCUACACCCGUGAAUGGAAAAUGCAUACAAGAUGAUGUGAGAUAAUGAAAACAAUGAAAAAAUCAAAUCAACUACUAAAUACUAAACCAGAAUGUACAGAAUGACGAAAACAAGAAGAAUAGACAUGCAAACCUACACAGAGAGAAAAACUACAGUAUGACAACAAACAAACAAACAAAAAAGGUUCGAAUCUCAGCUUUAAACGAAACGAAUGAAGCGCACCACUGCAAAGCAAUGCUAUUUCGCAGCAUAUUGGGGCGGUUUUACGUCACGGCAACGCAACAUCCUUAGAAAUUAGCAACUAUCUCUAUUUUCUUCAAUCCACCUGCACGGCUUGUGAAACACCAUGAAACAAGCCGAUCACCUGGAUGCUCGAUGCCCUAUCCAAACGGAACGUUUUACUAUUUUCCUCCUAUUUUCCUUUCUAUUUUGAAAGUAUAUUUUUCAGAUAAACUUAGAAAGGGUUUUUAUUAGUUUUCUCUCCACCGUUUCAUAUUUUUCACAAACGCUUAAAGCCGAGACAAGAACCAUCAGGAUCAAUUUUGCAGAACACAACAUGGGCAGUAUGUGUAAAGAAAGAGUGAUUUUUCUUCUUCAUUAAAAGCACUUUAUUUUUGGUACAUAUACGAUGAAGGGUUAUUUUUUAUAUGGUUAGCCAACAUUGUAAGUUCUAACGGGAAAAGCUUUAUCUUUUUUGUUUAUUUUAAGUAAAACCACCCCUUUCAUUCGCUCUUCAACUAAAGCUUUCAACGGGAUCAUAAUGCAUUUUUGUCCGAGCAAUUUUUUCAUCUGGUGAUUUGUAUCAUGUUAAUUCUUAUUACAUACGAACAAAGAGAUUGUGCUAUCAUGUAUGUGUAGGAUUGUUUGUCUGUUUUGAGUUUUUUUUUUAAGUAGCUCGUGAGAUAAAUCUUCCGUUUUUAGAAAAUAUGCAUGGAAAAUAUCACCCAAAAAGAAGAAAAAGAGCAUACGGCUUGGGUGGAUAAGUGCGUAAGUGAUGUGAGAAUUUAGGGAGUGAUCUUUUGCGAAGAACAACAUCCAAUCGAGAGAGAGAGAGAGAUGCAAUUGUAAAGAACUGUGGAGCCGGAUGUAUACGACCAUUUGCAGAACGGUUGUUAGAGGUAGACAGAGAAAGGAAAUGAAAGUAGUCAGAAGGCGAAAGUGAAGGCAAAAUUGUAGAAACGUAUAUCCGUAGCAUUUUAAGGCCAGGAUUAUAGAAGUAAUAAAAACAACACCUAAUGAAAAUGAUGAAAGAUUGCAUAUUCCAAUCCGCUGGAGUGGAGAGCAAAAGAUCGUGCUUCUCCUCCGGCGGAACAGCUCCACUGUUGCAAGGAUAACCAAAAUAACAAGCCAACAAAAACAAUUCAACAUAAGUCGAUAAACGAAACAUAGAUCAAUCAGAGCGGUACAUAAAAUAGCGAAACUUUUUUUUAUGGAACAUGAAUGCAUCGAACAUAAGCAUUAAUCAAGCUAGGUAAUGUUUGUAUGAGAAUUCUCCUAGCUUUCCACACACAAACCAUUCAUGUGUUGGUAACAAUAAGAGUACAAAGGCAACAACAGAGAACAGAAGGGACAAACGGAAUGCAAUUCACUUACGCCAAACGAUCUUUACGUAAAAAACAAGCGACGUAAACUUGUUGAUAAACGGCUAUUCAGAUGAGCAAUGGUCUGAUUCCUCACUAGAAAAUGAAAAUAAUCAGUAAAAUUGUCUUGAAAAUUACACCUUUAAAACAUCAGGCGUAACGUACCACAUGAAAUAGAAGCAACAAUCACAAUGGAAGUUUAAAAUUGAACCGAAAGCAAAGAAAAUUAAUCAAGAAAGGAGUACGGCAAGUCAAAAAUAACGUUUUUUAAUCGUGUGCGAUUCACUUCUCAGUGAUUCGCUUUUGUACAGGUAGCGAACAUCAUCAUGAUCCGUAAGCGUAUGUUCCAAAGCCCCGAUACAUCUAUCCGGCAUUUAUGUGUGCCGAGUGAUCGCGUUAUCGAUUAUGAAUGAAAAACAAAACUGACGCAAAUGGCAUGCUUUAACAAAAAAAAAAACUUCCGUAACAACUGGAGAAACCGUUGAUAAAGAGAUUUUUUAAACACGACCGCAAGUAACUGUAAAAUCUAUCACGCUCAUCAACAACUUCUUUUUUAUACGCGUCUAUCAUCACGUAGGGAAAUUUGUACAACCAUUUCGAAUGCGCCUACAGUACCGUGUUUUGAAGAUCCUAUUAUGCGCAUGCAAUUCUGAUCCGAGUGAGCCAUGUAAUUGAACACGUUGCGUUGCGAAUUAUGUUGUCAUUUCUAUAAGAACACGAUCAUCCGUUAUUGAGGAACUUUCAUUUUUGAGUAAGAAGAACACUCACCCUAUGCGAAGCAGGCAUUGUUUGGGAUUUCCCCAAAAAAGAAAGAUAAACGAAAUCUAAACGCACAUGAUUGUAGAUCCUCACACGAUCGUAGUAACACAUCGAACGUUGAUUGCAUGCCGGGUUUGUUUUUAAAACAGUGCAAUCCAAUUGUAUAGAUUAUGCACACACACACAUACACAUACACACCUACAGUCAGCGGACGGAAACAUUAAAUUUACAAAACUAUUGUGGAAAAGCGUGUAGGUAAUUAGUCUGGGGGAAGCUAUCGCAUUACUACGAUACAAAAUCACAAACUACACGCGUAUUUGAUGCUCUUUACCGCAUAAUUCUAAAUGUUUUGGGUUUCCGUUCUAAGACAAACGCAGCCAAUGCCGCUAACGAUGAUUUAUGUUUUAGCUCAUUUUUAAUCAAUCAAACUACUUACACAUCUCAUAAGCUCCUCGUACGCUGGUGCAGGACAAGAAGUGAGCAAGGACCGUCAUUGCACUAUUUUCGAAAUUGAACAUUUCAUUGUUUAGAGAUUAAUUGGCAGUGCGUGUAUCGUGUACUAUGGACAUCUGGCAAAUCACAAUAGAAACACACACAGAUACAAAGACGUGGUCGUAGAAGGAAUCGUGGUGUCAGGUGAUGGAUUGUGGAGGUUAAUUUGAAUGUCGAAGCAUAGUGAAAGUGGACGAACGACCCAAACGAAACACAAACUCCCCGAAAAAGAAAAACAAAGAAAACGACAAGAGAAGAAUAAUAAAUGAAUAAUUAAAAAUA